UGUCAGUGUGGAUCAGACGUGGGAAUUACAACCAGGAAUACCACCACAAACAGAGUCGAUAUGUGGUUAAAGAGUACAGCAGCUCUGAGGCGAUGGAGGAAAGAUAUGAGCACAAAACAAAGAUGCACAUCCAGGAAGUGGUAAAGAGAAAGGCAGUGGACAAAUAUGUGCAUGAAGAGCCCAUGAUCAGGGGACCACACUUCCUGUUCAGACUCCGAUCCCACACCGUGUUCGAAAACACUCUAAUCAAAAUCUUCUGUACUGUUGAUGGGUUCCCUAUGCCUACUGUUAAAUGGUAUAAAGAUGAUAUGCUCCUGGACAUGUCUUCUGGAAGGUACCUGGUUGGAUCCAAAGGUGGAGCCCAUUCUCUGGAGAUCCCAAGAUGCUCAACUGAUGACACAGCACUGUACACCGCUGUGGCCGCUAACCUCCACGGACAAGCCUCUAGUCAGGCCGCCAUUAUCGUCAAGAGGUUCAGGGAGGAGGACAAGUUCUGUCCGUAUGCAUGGUAUCCUUUAACAGAUGUCAUGCUACCUCAGAUCCAUUACACUAAAAUCAACAUUGCCUUUGUGGAGAGGUUUGGGCCAGUGUUUGCUACUGAGGGAGAAUCUGCCACCCUGUCUGCUACCAUGACCGUGCACCCAAACCUAAUCCACCUGCAGCCUGAGGCACAGUGGUACAGAGAUGACACUCGUCUGUUUGACUCUAAGUGGGUGAAGAUUGAAACUGGCAGAGGAUUCAGUACCCUGACUCUUCCAAACCUCUACAAAGAAGACGAAGGCCUCUACACCCUCCGCAUGGUCACUAAAGGAGGCAUUGCACAACACAGUGCAUUUGUCUCCGUUACAGAUGGUCCUCCACCAGUCCCCCGUGCACCCGGUGCCCCUAUGGACAUCAAGAUCCACGAUGCCAACAGAGACUAUGCCAUUGUGUCAUGGAAGCCUCCAAAUACAACCACAGAGGGUCCAAUCCUGGGAUACUUUGUGGACAAAUGUGAAUAUGGAACAGAAAAUUGGAUCCAGUGCAAUGAUCAUCCCAUCAAGAUCUGCAAAUACCCAGUUUCUGGGCUGUUUGAAGGCCACUCCUACUACUUCAGAGUGAGAGCAGUCAACUCUCAAGGAAUCAGCAAACCAUCCCGCAUGUCUGAUCCUAUCGCUGCAGUGGACCCCACUGAGUUUGAGAGGCUCCAUGCCAAAAAGCUUGGAGGACUACUGGAUGUUGUGUCUUACCAUUAUGAAGAGGAAGCUGAAGGAAAGCCCCCCGGUGCUCCAUCAGGAAUACAUGCCACAGAAAUAGACAGAACUUAUGUUGUUCUUAGCUGGAAAGCCCCUGCAUAUUCCAGCAAGGCUCCCAUGUGGUACUACAUUGAAAAGUGCUUGGCAGGGAGUGAUGCAUGGCAGCGUGUUACCACUCAGAUCCCUAUUCGAUCCCCACGUUAUGCCGUCUUUGACCUGGCAGAGGGCAAACAAUACGAGUUCAGAGUUUUGUCUGCCAAUAUCCAUGGAAUGAGUGAGCCAUCAGAGCCAAGCAGACCUAUUGAAACUCUGCAACUUAAAGGUGUGCCUUCAGCACCUGGCCAGGUAAUUGCUACAAGGGAAACAGACACCUCUGUCCUUAUCCAGUGGGCUCCACCAAAAGAACCCAACAAUCUGAUUGGCUACUACAUUGACCAAUGUGUCAAGGGGUCCAAAGACUGGACCUCAGCCAAUCAUAAACCUCACAAGAGCACCAGGUUCGUUGUUAGUGGUCUGACCAAAGGAGAAACCUAUGUGUUCCGUGUCCAGGCUAUCAAUGAGCUGGGUCUUAGCGAAGAAUCCCAAGAGUCUGCACCUCUGACUGUCAAGGCUGCUCUCACCAACCCCUCUGCUCCGUACGACAUUGCUCUGCUGAACUGUGACGGCCAUUCAAUGGUUCUGAACUGGAAGAAGCCUCUUCACAACGGAGGAACAGCAAUCAAGGGGUAUUAUAUGGACAAAAGACGUAGCGGAACAAUAAUGUGGAGGGAGAUUCACAUCCCACCACUGAAGGAAAGAUUGUAUAAGGUAGAAGGCUUGACAGAGGGAGCGGCCUAUCAGUUUCAGGUGUAUGCAGCCAACGUGGUUGGCCUCGGACCAGCUUCCGAUCAUUCAGCCAACUUCACCUGUGAGGCCUGGACUAUGCCAGAGCCUGGUCCUGCCUAUGACCUGACUCUAUGUGAGCUGAGAGAUCAUUCAGUGGUGGUUGAGUGGAAAAAGCCUGUCUAUACUGGCUCUGGACCGAUCACAGGCUACCACGUAGAGUACGCAAAGAAGGGCACUUCUCGUUGGACCAUGGCCAACGAGACAGCUGUUAAUCAGCUCUUCCUCAAGGCAACAAGUCUGGAAGAGGGUGAAACCUAUGUGUUCAGAGUGCGUGCAGUCAAUGAAGCAGGAGUGGGUAUGGCCUCAAUGGUCUCUGACCCCAUAACUGCCAAGGCAGUGGAAGGUUGCCAGGAGGUGUCCUGUACGGUCGAUAAGAAGUCAGGUGACAUUGUUCUAUCAUUCGAGUCCUGCCAAAUGAACGAGGGCUCUCAGUUCAUCUGGAAGAAAGAUUAUGUAGAAAUCACAGAUUUCUCUAAAGGAUCAGAGAUUAAGACUGAAGGCAACCACUCUAAGCUGAUCUUUAAGAACCCAGAUAAAGAAGACUUUGGGACGUUCUCUGUUUCUGUCACCAACACAGAUGGUGUUUCAUCCAGCUAUACAAUAUCUUCUGAAGAGUUGGCAAAAAUGCUGGCACUCAGCUACGACAUCAGACAUCCAAUUAUCCCCCUGAAGUCAGAGUUGGACUAUAAGAUUUUGGAGAGAGGCAGAAUGAGGUUCUGGCUUCAGGCUGAAGAGAUUUCACCCAAAGUCACCUACAAAUUCUAUGCAAAUAACAAGGAACUGUCUGGAGCUGCUCCCAACAAGAUGGGUCAUGACGUCUCUACAGGUAUCAUUGAGUUCAUCAUGGACCAUUUCACUGGGGAGAAUGAGGGCACGUAUACCUGCCAGAUCACAGAUGGAGGGGGCAAAGCACAGAGCUCACUGGUUCUGAUUGGAAACGUUUUCAAGGUAGCUCUGGCUGAGGCAGAAUACCAGAGGAGAGAGUACAUCCGAGUCAAAGAAGGUCCCCACUUCAGCGAGUUCCUGUCACUUCAGGUUGGAGACGACUGCUCCGUCACCUUGGUCUGCAAGGUUGCUAACUUGAAGAAAGAUUCCCAGUUCCACUGGUACAGAGAAGAAACAGAAAUCAUCCCUGAUGUGAAGCCUGACCUUGGAUCAGGAGUCUGUAAACUCCCAAUUAAACAGUUUUCACAGAAGACAAUUUAUAGGGCCACUAUCAGUGAUGCCAGAGGAAAAGAUAUGAGCCAAAUUGACAUCUCUGGAAAAAUCUUUGACGAUGCCAUAAACAAGCUGAGCAAACUGGCUGGGGCUAGCGCAUCAGAGCUGGUGAUUAACGGCACAGCAACAGGCAUUCAGCUGCAGUGUCACAUGAAGUAUUACACCUCAGAGAUGAACAUCACCUGGUAUCAUGGUGAUGCUAAACUCCUCCCUAGUGACAAGUUUGUGAUUGGAGGAACCCCUGCUAUGGCAACAAUGGAGGUGAUUGAACCAGUGGAGAAGGAUAAAGGAAUCUACACCAUCGUGAUCACUGACCCAGAAAAUGAACAUAAACGCUCAGUGACCCUCACUGGUGAUGUCUAUGAGAAGGCCUAUGCUGAAUUCCAGAAACUCAAGGCUGAAGACUAUGCUGAAAAACAUCGUGGUAAGGUUGUGGGAGGGCUGCCUGAUGUGGUCACCAUCAUGGAAAAGAAGACUCUGAGUUUAACAUGUACUGUCUGUGGGGAUCCCAAACCUCAAGUCUCUUGGCUGAGGGGUGGAGCAGAGGUCGACCCUGAUGAGAAGUACGUGAUCUCCAUGGACCAGGGCAAGUUUGCCAGUCUGACGAUCAAAGGUGUUUCCAUGGAGGAUUCUGGCAGAUAUAGCAUGAUCAUCCAGAACAAAUAUGGAGGAGAGUCUGUGGAUGUAGUGGUGAGUGUUUACCGCCAUGGAGAGAAAAUGCCUGAUGUAAAACCCACUGUGAUUCCUAAAACAAUCAUCCCUCCUAAACUCCCCAUCGAGAUCCCCCAGCCCAUCACCCAGCCUUCUCCUAGUCCUGCUCCCAGCCCGGCCACUCCUAAGGCUGCACCAGGAAGAGGUGUGAAGAGCCCCACUGCUAGGAGAAGAUUUUAAAUAUCAAAUUGAAUAAUUAUAUUAAAAUUAUUACAUUAAAUGGCGCUAACACACUUGGCGUUGAAUUAGAGUGCCAGGAAAACCUUGAAAGCCAAAACAGUAACUGUACUGCUAAGA